UGUGCGUCGCUGCUUCAGUUCUCCUCAGUUCAGUUUCUCCGCUCGACCUCAUCGGUGUGUGUGUUUUUCCUUCGCUGCUCUCCGGUAUCCGGGAAUCACGGAGCGUGUUUGCGUCCUGCGGGAAUCUGCGGUGUGUGUCUGCGUGUGUUUCUGCAGGUUUCUCCACAGUAUGGUAGAGCUGUAUCUCGUCCUGUGGGCCGCUGGCGUCCAGCUGUAGAGUCCGAUCGGUGGCAGACACUCCGCUUGAAGAUGUCUGCGUGUGGAGAGUUUGCAGAGCACGUGUGGAAACCAGGCUCCUGUAAGAACUGCUUCCACCCGCGCAGUGCCCACCGGCAGACGGGCACAGCGAGCGUCGGUCUGAGCGGAGAGGAUGAGGACGGCUUGAGCUCUCCAUCUCCAUACAGCAAACCCACCAUCGCUGUCAGACCUACAAUGAUGAACAUCGACAGCCCAAUGGAGCUCCACACUGACCGCAACAUCAAUGCUCAACAGGACAGCCAGAAGAGCUCCGUGGGACUGAAGAAAACUCUGGAUUUGUACAUCGACAGCAAUGGAUGCAAUAAAUCUCUUCGAGAAAACAUAAUACAAAAUGGAAGAAAGUUCCCUCCAAACAUUGGUUCCCCUACUGGAUUGUCAAACAUUGGUUCCCCUACAGGAUUAUCAAGCGUUGGUUCUUCGACAGGAUUAUCAAACAUUGGUUCCCCUACUGGAUUGUCAAACAUUAGUUCCCCUACGGGAUUAUCCAGCAUUGGUUCUUCGACAGGAUUAUCAAACAUUGGUUCCCCUACUGGAUUAUCAAACAUUAGUUCCCCUACAGGAUUGUCCAGCAUUGGUUCUCCUACAGGAUUAUCCAAAAACGGCUUGAUUUCCAAUCCGGAUGAUGACAAUAGAUGUGUUUCCAAUGUAAACGGGAACGCUGAAUCUCACACACAGAUUCCCAAUUGCACUUACAACAAUGGCGAUUCCCAAAGUUCGACAUCAACAAACACUGAUGGACUUCUAAAUCAAGUAAAUCUAGAGGAACGCCAAUGCAAAACCACAUCCGAGACUAUAACUAAUGCAUCCUCCAAUAGGAAUUCAUCUUUAAACUCCUCUCCAGACACCAGAUCAGACUCCAAUGCAGAUUUAUCGAAUACACCUCAUCAUCUUGAUAUUAUUGAGGAGCCAAUAUAUGCAGAAAGCACCAAGCGGAAGAAGCCUGACGGAAAUGCAGACAUCAAUGACAAUCAAAAAGCGAUUAUAACCGUCGUGGCGGCUCGUACACAAGAAAACAACCGCACGUUUUAUUUAAGUAGCCCAGAUUCUGCCGUCAGCACUCAAUGGAGUCCUAAAGACGCCUCAAAUCCUGCUUUUAUUUGGCCAGAGAUGAUCAUUCCUAAUUCCUCAAACAGCCAUAAACCUCAAUCCAGCCCUCCGGUUCCUCCUAAAACAUCUUCCCGUCCUCCAAGACUCGGUGCUUCUAGUUUAUCCUCCGCUCCUUUACUCCAGUUGAGUUUUCACGCCGUUCUUCCUCCUAAAGAUGUGGGUUUGGACUCGCGCAGGAGCGUCCGCAGUCUGGAUAAAUGCAUUGAUGAAGUGGACGAGGAGUCGGAGGGAUGUUCCAUCAAUGCUCCUGCUGUUCGGGAUGCUGGAGAAUGGCAGAUGGAGGAGCGAGCGACGCCUGGCACCGCCAACAAAAGCUCCAGUCAGACUCAGAAUAAAGAGAUCGAGAGCUCCAGAGAUCCUCCAGGAGAAACGCUGGAGAGUGGAGAUCCUGCGCCGCCACCGCCGCCACCCAAAAAACACCACCGGGUGUGCAGUAUGGAUCAGCAGGGCUCAGUGGAGAAUCUCAGUCAGUCUCUGCGAGGGUUAAAAUGCUGCACAAACACUUCUUCAGACAGUCUGCAGGUGAUUUCAGACACCGACUCCACCCUCCGUUCCAGCCCCUCUCUGUUUCCCAGCAGCCCGUUUGGCUCCGCCCCGGCAUCGCCGCAGCCUUCCAGUCUUGCGCAGUCUUGUGUGUUUCCUAGCAACAGUCUUGCACAGUCUUGUGUGUUCCCUAGCAACAGUCUUGCGCAUCAGUUGCAGCCACCGCCGCUGCCGCAGAAGAAGCUAGUGAACCGCACCAUCUCUGCACCCAGUGAUGUAGGAGUGAAGCCUCUGUCCCGCAGCCGGCUCCACCUGCCCUUCAGCGGCUCUGAAACCAAUAUUAGCCGUCCCUCUGCGCCGCCGUCCAGCCCGCUCUGCUCCUCUAGUGAAUCUCUGGAUAACGCCACGUCCAGCUCGACUCCACGACUCAAUGCGCUACUGCCCCCCACAGCCGCCGGCUCCACACUGCAGCUACAUGCUCUACUUAGCAAUAUGGACAGCAGGGAGGGCAUCUACUCCAAACUGGGCGGCCUGUAUGCGGAGUCGCUGCGGCGGCUAGCACUCAAAUGUGAAGAGCACUUCAGCGGUGGACACAGGAACACACUGAGGUUCAACGAGAGCAACUGGUCACUCUUCAAACUGACCUGCAACAAACCCAGCUGCCUGUCUGGAGAUGCAGUGUAUUACUCGGCCUCCUGUGCCUCUGACACACGCAACACAUAUGCAGUCAAGAUCUGCAAGGGCCAGACGUCGGACAGUAAGCAGACUCAUCUCUACGGCCUGUCUGUCCAACAGAGCGUCCCUCCACACUACAACCUCCAGCAGGACUGCGGUCACUUCAUCGCAUGCGUCCCGCAGAGCAUGCUCCCCACCGAGGAGAACACACCCGCAGCAGCAGCGCCCCCUACAGAGCAGGAGCGCGUGGUUGUUAUCACACGCGACGUCCCGCACCAAACCGUAGCCGAUUUCGUCCGAGACUGGGAGUCGUUCCACCGCGCACAGCCUGAAGUCUACGAACGGCGUGUGUGUUUUCUCCUGCUGCAGCUGUGCACGGGUCUGGAGCAUCUGAAAGCGCACGGCGUCACGCAUCGAGAUCUCUGCAUGGAGAAUCUGCUGUUAAUCCAACACCGUCAUUCCGCAGACCCGCAGCAGCAGAGUCUCCCGCGCCUCGUCAUCAGCAGCUUCGCCAAAGCUAAACGCAGAAACAACGACGAAAUCGCGAUUAGCGCCGAUCCCCGAUUUAAACGCGACCACGCUAGACUUGCGCCAGAAAUAGUCUCCGCUGCUCAAUAUCGUAAAUUUGACGAAUUUCAGACGGGGAUCUUGAUUUACGAGCUCUUGCAUAGACGUAAUCCGUUCGAGUCGACGCCAGCGCUAAGGCAAUACAAAUGCGACGAGCUGCCCCCGAUCCCCAGCGUGUCCCUGUACUCCUGCGGGCUGCAUAGACUAGCACAGCUCCUCCUAGAACCCGAUCCCGGACGCAGAAUACACAUCCAGGAGGCCAAACGGAUCCUGCAGGCGCUGCUGUGGGGUCCGCGGCGGGAUCUGCUGGAGCAGCCGUGGGUUUGUGGAUCCGUACGGCGACACACACCUGUGCGGCAGGACGGUCUGCAGCACACACACGCGCAGCAGGACGGUCUGCUGAACUGGCUGGACGUGAAGCGAGCGCUGCUGAUGAUGAAGUUCGCCGAGCGCUCGCUGGAGCCGCAGAGGAACGCGGAGCUGGAGGACUGGCUCUGCUGUCAGUACUUCUCCAGCGCAAACCCCAGAGCACUGUGCCAGACCGCUGAGCUGCUCUACAACACCACAUUCACACACUAGUACACACACACACACACGCUUACUACUGUACACACACACUCACACUCAUGCUCUCUAGUAUACAUGCACACACUGACACACACACAUAUACUCACUAGUAUGCAUACACACACACACACCCAUACUCAAUAGUAUACACACAGACUCACACACAUAUACACACACACUGACUUGUAUACACAUACACACACACACACACACACUCUCACUUAGUAUACAUACAGACACACUGACACUCACUAUAUUUACACACACUCACUAGUAUACAUACUCACUGACACUCAUUAGUAUACACACACACACACACACACACACACACUCACUCACUAGUAUACAUACAUACACACACUCAGUAGUAUACAUACACACACACUGACACUCACACGCUCACUAGUAUACAUACACACACACACACACACACACUCAUUAGUAUACAUACACACACACACACUCACUAGUAUACAUAUAUACACACACACACACUCACGCUAGUAUACACACACACACACACACACACUCACUAGUAUACAUACACACACGGACACUCACACACUCACUAGUAUACACACACACACACAAGUACACACAUACACACACACACACACUUACUAGUAUACAUACACACACACUGACACUCACACACUCACUAGUAUACACACACACACUCACUAGAAUACACACACACACACACUCACGCUAGUAUAAACACACAUACAGACUUGUUCUUAAAUCCUGGUGGGGACUCCCAUAGCUGUAAUGAUGUUUCUACUGUACAAACUGAAUAUUCAGACACACACACUCAUGCUCACACACACACACACACACACACACACUCAGAGACUUGUUGCUACAUCGAAGAGGGGACUCCCAUAGCUGUAAAAAUGUUUCUAGUGUUUUCGCAGUAAACACACACACACACAUGUGUGUGUGAAGCACCAGCACUGAGCGCUGGCCCACAACAUUCCUCUGUUCUUAUUAUUUCUGAUCUGUUCUGCUCAUCCGCUCUGAGAGACUCUCAGCAUCUGCCACACUCACCGCCUGAUCAGAGAGGGAAUAUGUCACACACACACACACACACACACACAUUUAUAGUACAUUUCCUCUUUAAAAGAACUUAUUUUCUGCAGAAGUGAAGUUCAGAUUUGAUUGCGUUGAGAUUAUUUACACCAGGAUCAUUUUUAAGAUGCAAAAUAAAUCUAGAUAUUGGUUUUGUCAAAAGGCUCUUAAAUGCCGUUUCAGAACCCCAAACAUUAAGAGUAACUCCGCUGUAAUAAUACUUCAGUAACUUGCCUUUUUAAUUCAUAAGAAAUAUUUAAUUGCAUUAAGAUAUUACUUAUUCAAAUUCUCCUUUUUUAAAGUGCAAAUUAUUGUAAUUUUUACAACACAUUUUGAAACAACAUUUUAUUCAAAAAUAUGAAUUAGGUUUUUUUAAGUGUCCAAACGCCAAAUAUUAAAGGCAUAAUUAUAGGAAUGGAGAUUACAUGUAUAUAUUCAUAUUUUCAUUAAGUAAAGUUUUUGUUUUCAGAAGGAAAAAAUGAAAAAUGUUUGGGUUUAUAAUAAAACAAAAAUAGAAGCAAGUGUAUUAUUCAAUAUACAUGCAAUUUCCCCUAAUUAUCUACAAAUGUUAUAAUAUUGUGAUAUUAUUUUCAAGAUUUUUGUUUAGAUGUUGCUGAAAUUAUUAUUAAUGCAACAUAUAUAUAAUUUUCCUCACAUUUAUUAGACCAAAUUACUGUAAUGCAGAAGAAAAUAUCACAUUAUCUUAUUUCAUGUUCAUAUUUUCAUUCAAUAAUUUGCUUUGUUUUCAGAUGGAAAAAUGUCCGACGUUUUGAUUAGUAAUAAAAAUAUAUUAUUCAAUAUACAUAGAAUUUCACUUAAUUUUUCCAGAUUUUAUAUUGUUUUAAUUCUUUUAUAUAUAUAUUAUUAUUGAAAGAUAGUUUCAAGAAUAGUACCCCCCUCCCCAACAAAAAGCUAAUCUGAAAUAUUUUUUAUGUAAUAUAUAUAUUUUUCCAUCACAGUUAAACACAUUUUUAGACCAAAUUACUGUAAUGCAAAAGAAAACCUCAUUACUCUUAUUUCAUAUUCAUAUUUGCAUUAAAUAAUUUCCUUUGUUUUCAGAAGGAAAAAUGAAAAAGUUUUGAUUAAUAAUAAAACAAAAAUUAAAGCAAAGAUAUUAUUCAAUAUACACAUAAUUUCCCUUAAUUAUGUACAAAUAUUAAAUUUGUAAAUCAUUUAAUAUAACUGAAAAAUAUUGGAAUAUUAUUUUCUAGAAUAGUUUUUCCGCAAAUAAACAGAUUGAGGUCAGAAUUAUUAACCCCGCCCCUUCAAAUUUUGUUUUCUUUUUUAAAUAUUUCCCAAAUGAUGUUGAACAGAUUCAGGAAAUGUUCACAGUAUGUCCUCUAAUAUUUUUUCUUCUGGAGAAAGACUUAUUUGUUUUAUUUCGGCUAGAAUAAAAGCAGUUUUUAAUUGUUUAAACACAAUUUUAAGGUCAACAUUAUUAGCCCCUUUAAGCUAUAUUUGUUUUCAAUAGUCUACAGAACAAACCAUCGUUAUACAAUAACUUGCCUAAUUACCCUAACUUUACCCUCAUUAACCUAGUUAAGCCUUUAUAUGUCACUGUAAGCUGUAUAGAAGUGUCUUGAAGAAUAUCUAGUCUAAUAUUAUUUACUGAUAUAAUAAUUCUGACUUCAACUGCAUGUAUAUAUAUAUAUAUUAUUUUUAUUUUUUUCCAUCACAGUUAAACACAUUUUUUAGACCAAACUAUUGUAAUGCUAAAGAAAACAUCAUUACUUUUACUUCAUAUUCAUAUUUGCAUUAAAUAAUUUCCUUUGUUUUCAGAAUGACAAAUGUUUGGGUUAAUAAUAAAACAAAAAUGAAAGUAAAGAUAUCCAAAAUACACAUAAUUUCCCCUAAUUUUGUACAUAUUUUACAUUAUUUUAAUAAUGUGUUUUCUAUAUUAUUGAAAGAUAUUGUAAUAUUAUUUUCAAGAUUUGUAUUUUCCACAAAAAAGCAGAUGUUGCUGAAAUUAUUAUAAAUGCAAUAUAUAUUUUCCCUCACAGUUAAACACAUUUAUUAGACUAAACUACUGUGAAGCAAAGUAAAAUAUCACAUUAUCAUAUUCAUAUUUUCAUUAAAUAAUGUCCUUUGUUUUCAGAAGGAAAAAUGGAAAUGUUUGGGUUAAUAAUAAUUUCAAUAAACAUAUAAUUUCCCCUAAUUAUUAACAGAUUUUUAUAUUAUUUUAAUAUUUCUUUACACAACUGAAAGCAGUUUUAAGGCCAAAUUACUGUCAUGCAAAAGAAACAUCCCCAUAUCUUCUGCAGUAAUGAUGACGAUCCUCUUUAUUUGGAUGCAAUGCUUUUUAAAAAUGUGUUUAUUCACUAAAAUUAGCAUAAGAUGACAAUAACAUGUAACGUUAAUUCAGCUCUAAAAUGAAUUAGCAAAUGUCGCCCAGUGUGUAACUCUCAUGAAACGUCUCAAUGUAAUAAAUCUUAAUCUUCAGAAAAUAAGCUCUCGAUGUGACGGUGUGGGGAAAUCUGAUGCUGUUCGCUGAUCAACACUGUGACCGUCAGUGUGAGUGUGUUCUCCGACGCUGCAGAGUCACACUCAUAAACACUCAGCGGCUGUAAAACCUGCAAGCAUCUCAUCUUCCUGCCGCUUUUUAAGCUCUCGUUAAACUUCCUGUUUGAUGUCUGAGCAGAGGCCACUUCCUGGUGCAAUAUUCAGAGCUUCCUGUGGUUCUGCCGGACACAUGUCUUUUAGAGUCAAACGAUUAUGGCUGAUUUAUUUAGUGCCUUCUGUGAUUUCGAUUUUAAAGGGGACCUGUUAUUCAAAACAGCAGUGUGUGACUAUAUCUCCAGCCUCUGAUGAUAAACAUGAAUGACUUGUGUUUAUUAUAAUCAGACUUGAUCAAUGAAACACUUUGAUUGACAUUCAUCAGAGGGGGAAAGCUCCACCCACUGGUCUCCCUCAUUAGCAUAAACAGCAGCCCUGAGUGAGAAGCAGCCGUCUGUCCAUUAGCCAUUAGAGUGUUUGAGCUGCUGAAGAUAAUGUCAGCAUAGACUAAGAGGAUUAUAGAUGUGGAGUUCUAGAUCAGGAGCGACAUAGACUGACAGAAGCAUCUGUAGCUCCGCCCUCUUCUGAAAAAGAGCACAAUCUCAUUUGCAUUUAAAGCGACAGCCACAUAAAUGGCGGCUCAAAACCUGGUCAGGGUCAGUUUCAGAGAGUUAGAGAGCAUUAUCAGUGUGUUAUUCUCAGCUCAAACUUCACACACACGCUUGAGAGACUUCAUUAUUCUACGUCUUGUGAACAGGAGCGUAAAUAGGUCCCCUUUAGAAGCGAUUGUUGAUGUGAAACUUGAUCAUUUCGAGCUUAAAGGAAUGAAACUGUGAGUCUUGAAUUUCACAGAAAGACUAAGCUGAUUUGUGUUUUGUGUAUAUAUAUAUAUGAAUUGUGAAGCAGGUCUUAAUCUUGAUUAUGUUUAUAUAUUACGUCUUGUUAUUUGCGUUAAAGGAGCAGGUUUUUAAUUGUUGCAUUCAGAAAUAAAGCCACUGGACAGAAACACUGUACUUUACUGUAUUCAUGUGUAAAAGACAUCUGCAGCGUAAAUAAAGUGUCAAAUAUUUUCACA